AUGCCGUUUGGUUUGAAGAAUGCCGGAGCUACUUAUCAAAGGACUAUGACUACAUUGUUUCAUGAUAUGAUCCACCAGGAGAUGGAGGUUUAUGUGGAUGACAUUAUAAUCAAGUCCAGGAAAGCAGAAGACCAUUUGAUUGAUUUAAGAAAGUUGUUCGAAAGCAAAAGGGGCAUAGAGAUAGACCCGACAAAGAUCAAGGCAAUUCAAGACAUGCCAGUGCCGAAAACGCAGAAAGAUGCCGUCAAGGGGCAAGCUAUAGCCGAUCAUUUGGCAGAAAAUCCAAAGGACGAUGAGUAUCAACCACUCCAUACCUAUUUCCCUGACGAAAAGGUUUUAUUUGUUGGUACCGUAGAAGAUAUGAGCGAGCGGUGCCCCGAAUGGAGGUUGUUUUUUGAUGGUGCCGCUAAUUCUUUCGGAGCUGGAAUCGGAGCCGUUCUUGUAUCUCCAGAAGGAAAGCAUUACCCCGGAGCUGCUAAAUUGCAAUUUGCCUGUACAAACAAUAUGGCCGAGUAUGAAGCCUGUAUUUUUUGUCUUAAAAUGGCUUUGGAAAUGGAAGUUAAAGAGUUGAUAGCCUUCAGUGAUUCAGAUUUACUUGUGCACCAAACGCUGAAACAAUGGAUAACCAAAGAUUCCAAGAUCUUGCCAUACCAUUGUAAUUUGCUCAAUCUGGCUAGACAAUUUCAAAGUUUGGAAUUCAGACAUCUCCCACGAGCCCGAAAUGCAUUUGCAGAUGCCUUGGCCACCUUAUCUUCUAUGAUACAAUAUCCAAAUGAAUUGGGAAUCGAGCCUAUCCAGAUUCAACUUCAAGACAAGCCUGCUCAUUGUUGGGUCGUGGACGAUUCUUCUGGCAAUAGUCCUUGGUACAAUGAUAUUAAGGAAUUCAUCAAAACUGAGUCUUACCUUCCCGAAGCUACUGCUAAUGACAAGGGUUUCCUGCGCAGAAUGGCCUCAAAAUUUUUCCUAAAUGGAGAGGUAUUAUACAAAUGGACAUUAGAUUUGAACCUUUUAAGGUGCAUCGAUGAAGAUGAAGCUCAAUACAUGAUGAAAGAGGUGCAUAGCGAUGUCUGUGGACCUCACAUGAAUGGACAUUUGUUGGCGAAGAAGAUUAUGAGGACUGGGUAUUUUUGGCUUACAAUGGAACGCGAUUGCAUAGAUUUUGUCCGGAGAUGUAUUAAAUGUCAAGUGCAUGGCGACAUCAUACGCGUUCCUCCCACCGAAUUGCAUAACAUGAUUGCCCCAUGGCCCUGCUCAAUGUGGGGUAUGGACGUGAUCGGCACAAUUGACUCUCCUGCUUCAAAUGGACAUCGAUUUAUAUUGGUGGCAAUUGAAUACUUUACCAAGUGGGUUGAAGCAGAAUCAUUCAAGCACGUGACAAAGAAGGUGGUGACAAAUUUCUUAAGAGAUCACAUCAUAUGGCGAUUUGGGGUGCCAGAAACACUGAUUACAGACAAUGCCAAGAAUCUCAACAAUGACAUGGUGCACGGGCUAUGUGAGCAGUUCAAAAUCAGACAUCGCAACUCUGCCAUCUAUAGACCACAGAUGAAUGGAGCCGUGGAAGCUGCAAACAAGAAUUUGAAGACAAUCAUCCGAAAAAAUGACCGAAAAGCACCGUGA